CUUUCGAACCAUAUCACGGUAGACAAUAAUUGUAAUAAGGCGUGUGUGAAUAUUACAUCCCUUCAACAUUGCGCACAGUGCUAAAACAUUAACUUGCUGCAGUUAAUUUAAAAAAUAUAAUUUUUAUUAAUAUAAUUUUCCAAUUAACAUUCUGCUCCGUAAUAUUGGAUGAGUUAUUACCAGGAAAUUACACUUUAAAUAUAAAAUAUCAUGGUAUUGCUGAUAAAGGCUUUAGAAUUUUCGAUGUGAAAAAAAAAUCUACUUGGGUAGGUGCUCCGCAUUUCCAGAUAAUAGGCGACCGACCAUUUUUUCAAAAAUUGUCAUGUUUGCAUCUACAUGAUGUACGGUUAAGAGCAACCUUUAACAUUUCUAUAAGAUGUGAUUUAUGCACGGCAUUGUCAAAUAUGCCAUUGCAAAAUACGAAAUUAGAUGAGCACAAUAUGUUAUGGAUACAUAACGAUACCACACCUGUCAUGUGGACUGAUCAUGCAACAAUAAUUGUGUCUAAUUGCCUAUUCCAUAUUAAUAACAAAAUCAUUAAAAUGUGGACCAGAAUUGAUGCUGUAUUUGACAUGGAAUUUUCAAUUAAUGUAGCUGCAAAUAUUACGUUAUUCUUUAACAAUAAAUGGAAACAUUCGAACAAUAUUUCGAUGGUGUCUCAUGUUGCAAUUCCAAAUUUCCAUGACAAAGGCACAAUAGUUUUCGGACUUGUUCCUUAUAGGGAAACAGAUAUUAUUUAUGAUAAAAAUUUAUAUCCUGUUGCUCACAAAAUCGAAGUAGCUCAAUUAGUAGGACGUAAAGUGACACAACAAUGGUUUGAGAACAUGAUGAACAAUCCGUUAGUGUCGGAUUUUUGGUUUAAAAAUGGUCUUAUUACAUUGCUUGCAACAUAUGUUGUCCAAAAGCGUUAUAUAAAAUAA